AUGUUGAUUGCAGACGGUCAAGCGAAUCAUCUUCACCUGUUCAACAAUCGGCAACAACCAAAGAAGAAGAGAAAAUCAAGGACGGCAUUUACGAAUCAUCAGAUAUUCGAAUUGGAAAAAAGGUUCCUCUAUCAGAAAUAUUUAUCGCCCGCGGAUAGAGACGAAAUAGCGGGCGCAUUGGGUUUGUCAAACGCUCAGGUCAUAACGUGGUUUCAGAAUCGUCGAGCAAAAUUAAAAAGAGACAUGGAAGAAUUGAAAAAAGACGUGGAAUCCGCGAAAAUACUCACGGCUCACAAAUCAUUUUUGGAAAACGUGCAAGAUCUCGGAAUAUUGAAAAAGAAAAACGUACCAAGAUUGGAAAAUAGGAAAGACGUGGCAUUAGAAAACCGUCAUUAA